AAUGUUCUUUCACACUUCAGUAAAUAAAUCAACACAUGACGAGACCGUCGGCUGGUUAUGUGUUUUUGGACUGUAUGAUCGAACUUUGCUCAUUCAAAUGGUUUAUUGAGCAUGACCUAAGCGGGAUUUAUUGAACCUUUUAAUGCAUACAAUAGGUUGUUUUAUGCAAUUACAUAUUUUUAGUGUUUGCUAAACAAUAAAAAUACAAUAAACUUGAUCACGGGAUGUCGGGGUAUGAUGAGAGUAGCUCACACUACGGCAGCGGGGGCAGCGAGCGAGAGAAGGCCCCUGAGAGUCGGGGGACUACGAGGGUUUUACAUCAGCGCGGAGGAGCGCCUCCGCCCAGCUCGGCCUCCGCGUCAGCUGUUCCAUCACGAUUGAAGCCGAAAUUGCAUCUCAACAUCAGUCUCGCACAGCAACACAACGAGAAAAGUCACAGUGCAGACGACAUACACAACAACGAAGCUGGGGAUAAACUCGGGGCCAUCGUUCCUACUCUCCGUUUGCUGAAUAAAUGGAGACAGAGUGCAAAGGAUUUCACGUCGUCAUCCACCACUUCAAGUGGUACCCGACCGAAGUUGACAAGCAGCGUGAGUUUAGCCCCGAACAGCGGCAUGUCUAGCCUACAGCUUCCGGUGAUUCCUGCCUCUCUACUGAGUCCAGCAAACCCAGUGGCUACUCCCAAACUACCAAAUGCUCUCAUCGAGAUGUGUGUUGUUGUGGGGAUGGAUGAUGACACUGGAUUGAAAGUUGCCAAGAAGUCGAUGUCUGCUUCUCAGUUCAAUUUCCGAGGCGGUGGAGACGGAAUGCCAAUAUUUUCCAGCAUCUUUGAGCCACAAGUUCUGGCCGUGCUGACGCGUCAGAUGGCCGUCUUCCCCCAGAAUAAAUCUCUCCUUAAUGAUGGGUACAGCGAGUACCCCCGGACCCCUGUGGUCACGCCCCCUGGAAGGGACUUCAGCCCGGGAGGAUUCCCCUACGUACGUCAGAGACGCAUGGCGAGGAGGCUGUCCAUCAAGCCCCGUGCGCUUCCUCUCUCUUACAAUCAGGAGAUGAUCAAUUCACUUCCUCCACUGUGCUUCCCUGGUGAUGCAAGGGUCAGCAAAAGUCAGCGAGAGGAAUCAUUCCAUUAUCUAGUUCUGACCAGUCUCAGUGGAACCAGAUCGUAUGCAACAUGUCUCACUUUCUAUAGACAAUUUAUUGUGCACAAGUAUCCCGAUGAGGAUUUUUACAGUUUGGAACCGAAGACGUCAACCACCGUGCAGAACAAUCAGAAAGAAGGCCAUGAGCAGGUCAUGUGUUACGUCCCAGCAUGCAUUGUUCUCAUCUCACCGAAUCCUUAUUUUACAGUCAUGAGGGAAUGUUUGUCGAGUCUUGCUCCAGACCUGUAUGCCAAGCCUCAGAAGAUGAAUGAAUUACUCAAAGAGUUCACCUUGCAGCUGCUUAUCAUACCCACUCCGCCAGCUGGAAACCUGUAUAUUACCCUCAUGUUGAAUGAGUUCACCAUCAGCAUCCCUCCUCCAGAUGACCCUGAGAAGCCGGUAGUCAACAUCUCUCUCCAUCUCCCGUUCCUCAUCUUCACCCUGGAUGAUAUCCUUAAGAUCAUCUCAGCCAUCCUGACCCAACAGAGGAUCAUCUUCCUCUCUCAUGAUUACUCUCUCUUGGUCCCAAUCAUAGAGUGUUUCUUCUCCUACAUUCUGCCCUUCAAAUGGCCGUUUGUGUAUGUUCCAGUGGUCAGUACACAGCUUCUUGAUCUCCUGGAGGCCCCAGGGUGCUUCAUCAUGGGCUGCAAUGCAAUACAUCGAAGCAGGAUACAGCAGAUUGAAGGACUUGUCAUAGCUGACAUAGAGAAAGGAACUCUCCAUGAGUGCCCUACAUUGUCUGUUCCUAGUCUUCCUAAAGGACCCACAGAAGGCUUCAAGAAGCAGUUUUACCAUGCACGAGUGAAGUACUAUGAGCUUGCCACUCUGGGUCGUUCUGUCCCUGCUACUUUGGAGAUGGAGAAUGCAAGAAGACAGAAGAUGGACAGACAGUUUCAGCAGGAGAUACUUGAUAGCUUUCUAGAGAUGUUUGUCCACAUAUUCAGGGAGCUUCCUGAGUUCAUGAGCAUGGACCAACGAUGGUUCAAGCUGGAGGAGUUUGUUUCAUCCAGAGCGGAGGAGGAGAGGGAUUUCUACAAUGAGAUGGUGCACUCCCAUAUAUUCAAACCGUUCAGAGAAGACAGGCUUGACCAGAAGAAGGAUUACUACGCCCAGAUGGAGAAGAAGAUCCGUCCACCGAGUCUGAAUGUGUCCAGCGUGGUGGACCAAGGCCGAAUCCGUAAACAGCAGAGUACUGGACAGUCUGUUCCCGACUUAAGACGACGCAGAGUGUCUGGUGCAAGGAGUGUAAGCGAGACAGGUCAAAGUUCAUCCGAUCAGACUGCACAGUUUAUGCUUCCCCUCUUCCACAUCCCAUACACUUCAGCCCAACAUUUCUUCACCAAGUGCAUUGAACAGCUUGACCAUUCUAUUGAGAGUUGUAGACAGCCAGCCCUAAAGGCGUCAUACUUGUAUCUCCGAGGAAUGUUCCAUAUUGCAUGUAACAGCCCACUGGAUGCAUUGGAUGAUUUCCAUAAUCUACACACAGCUGACCUUUCUAUUCUUCCUACUGAUUUAAUCACAGAGCUGAUGAACAACUUGAGUGCGGAAGACAAGGAACUUCUCCACCGGAGAGAAUUCUAUAAGAGAGGAGAGAUCCUGCGUAAGAUUAGUGAGCGCCGGUCUGCUCCACAGAUCACUGCUAUGCCCAGUAUACAGCCAGUUGAUCUCCCUGAUAAAGGGGAACUAGGUUUGAGGGAAUUUAUUCACUGGAUGCAGUACCUAGAAAUAGCCAUUGACGUUGAUGUCAUCGACAGGCUUUUCAAUGCUUUAUCAGCAGGAUCUAGCUACCUUGAUGCGGAGACUUUCAUGUAUUUCUACGAGGCAUGGAAGGAAGGAUUAGAAGAAAUCAAGUCCAUACCUCUGAGUAUAUACAAGGAAUACUUGGACAGUACGGAGAGUGUUCUAAAGAUGUCUUCCUUGAUCAGAACAGAUCAUGGAAUGGGAAGACUGGUCCUCACUGAGAAGAGGCUCUUCUACAUGGGUGAAGGGAGCAACAUCUACCGAGAGAUUGUGAGAACGAGAGAUAUCGAGAAGCUAGAGAAGUUUGAAUACUUCAACAUUCUGCUCAGCUGCCAAGCCCUACGAAUAUACAGCACUAAGCCCAAUACAAAUCCGUAUGUUGCCAAUUUGAAGGCAGAGCGCAAUAGCUGGUUCACACUCAUCACCGAGCUGUGGGCUGGACGUGUCAUAUCCGAUGCACAGAAAGACCCUCAGGUGGUCCAACAAGCGGCAAGGAACGUCAAGUUGAUAGACUCCGUUAUACGCAGUGCUGAGAAUGAGGACGCAACACAUGCGAAGCACCUUGAUAGCGCUGUUUGGCAUUUAUGCCACUUCUCACGGCUAAAAGACGAAGGAAUGGGUCGUGUACCACCAGAGACUAGCUCAGCGUUGGUUCAUAAGUUCAACCCAUCAAGUAACGAAGCACAAAGGACUACAGUAGAGGCUAUGAUAUAUACACCGGGCACCUCUGUAUUUUCAGACCGUAGUAUGAGUGAGCUGGAGGAGGCCACGCCCAAGCUCUGGUGCGCUAUGGGGUCAGGUAAGGUCAAGGUCUUUGACGGGAGUAACUUUGUGCUGGAGGCGGAGUUCGCUGAUGCAAAGGAUAGAGUGUGCUGCCUUUUAUGCGUGAGAGGAGAGCAAGUUUGGGCAGGUUCUUUUGACACGACCAUCUACAUCAUUGACAUACCUACCUGCCUAUCAAACAAACAGCUUGUAGAACACAACGACAUCGUCUCGGACAUGACGGUCUCAGAAGAUGGCAAGACUGCUUUCACCUGUAGCUUGAAUGGGCAAAUCUUUGGUUGGGAUACGCAGAGCUUGUCACAGAAACAUCAGAUACAGCUGAAGAAUACCAAGACCUUGGUUUCUAUGAAAUUCUACAAUGACAAGCUAUGGUGCUGUACAAAAACUGAUAUCAGAGUUCUGGGCCUUGAUGGUAGUGAGCUAAACAGCCUUCAACACCUUGACAAAGAUGGGGUGCCUUCCCUGAUUGAAUCAUUCCUUCUCCUUGGAAAUAGGAUCUGGACUGGUUGUGGUAGGAGAGGAGAGGUGGCAUGCUGGAAUGUGGAUUCUUUCAAACAGGAGAAGCUUCUCACUGUCUCCUGUAGGGGUAUCAGCAAGCUUGUUGCCGUGGGAACCAGGAUAUGGGCUGGUAGCAAACAAGGCAAGAUCCACCUUUUUGAUGCCAACACCUGUGAGUACGAGAAGGAGCUGGAGGCCCACGAAGACGCCAUUAGGUCCAUGUGCCAGGCGGAAAUGCGCUAUGUCAUCACCGGAUCGGGGAGCAAGGAUGGAAAAGUCGCCCUCUGGAGGGCAAACUUUGUGGCAAACUGAUCUUUGUUUAAUAGGCGGAACUACUUGUAUCCUUUGGUCUAUUUUUACUACGUUUUUAUCCAUGGAUUGAAGAGAAUCCUAAUCAUGAAAAUUAACCCGUAAUUUAGUUGCGACAGUAAGCUUAGAUCUAUCCCAACUUCUGAAUUCUAAACUCUUCUGUUCCUGGUUAUGAUGUCAAAUGGAUAUAUAUUGAUGUUGAUGACCAAUAGGAACGUUAAAGGCCCAGAGAAUGCGUAGUUAUUUAGGAAAUUUUAGUGUUGAAAUCUUGUUAGUGUAUAUCUUAACGGAGGAGGUAUGUUGAUAAUGAUUAUGAUUAUUCAUACAUGUUUGUUAUUUCAAAAUAUGCUUCUUCCAUUUUAAGAAUAACAAAGUGUUACGUCUUGAUUGGUACUACGCAAAGGGUCAAAUGAUAUCAAAUUAGUUUAAAGUGGAUGAUGUAAUAGAACCUUUCCCAAUUGUAAAUUAACAACCCCCAAGUUGUGUCACCGUGUAUGUGUUUCAUAAACCUGUUCGUAAGUUCAGAGAGACUUUACAAACAACUGGUGAUCCUUUCUUUGGAAUUACGUGACUACCAAUGAAAAUCUGGUGUAUAUCAUUUCCACAGGAAAGGAUCACCAGUCGUUCGUAAAGUUGCUCGUAACUUAUGAACCGCUCUAUUAAACUCCCACCUGGCCUGUACAGUGGUUCCUUUAUUAAAGUUGAAUAUUGCCGAUUGGCAUACCGGGAAAGUACGUAAUAUCUUCUUUUAAGAAUUAACAAUUAUUGAAUACCUUUCCAUUUGAAAAAAAGGGAAAGGUCAUCUGCAAAAGUUGCUCUAGGGCUAACUAUGAAAUGGCUUUAAUAUUGUUGAUGUCAGGCUAACCUCAUAGAUAAUCCUGAUGCAAUGUAUUCAUAGUACUGUUUAUAAUCUAAAACCGGUAGAUUUGAUGGUCAAAAUACUUAAAUUUGAUGCUUUUGUGAUUUAUUAGCAAUAUUUGAAUGAAAGAUGGCUUUACAUAUUCUUGUAUCUAACCCGCCUUGAAAGAAAAAAAAUUAUGUUUAAUAAUUCAUUGACAAUAAUAUAUUCUUGCUUUAUAUGUAAAUGUGCAAUAGUCAUGAACAUCCUCUUGAAAUAAAGAGAAAUAUAUGAAUUUUUGUUUGUUUGAAUUUGUCUUUAUUAGUUUAUAAAUUCAGCUGUAUUAUACUCAUGUACUUAUGAUGUAUAUAGGCAUUUCAGCACAAAUUUUGUGAUUGUUUAUGUUUGAUGUAAAGGUAUGUACUCGUCUAUUUUCUUUAAAAGUUGGUGUACGUGAAAUUUGACUUAGAAGAUGCUAACACAUGUUUUGCAUUUUGUGGUCUGAAAAUGCUUUGAGUUUUAAGUAGGCGAUUAAGUAACCUCAAGUUGUUUAAUGAGCAUCAAAUGAGUACCUUAUUCGGCUUUCGUCAAGUCGUGUGUAAAAUACGUACAUCAUUCACCAUUUUAGGAAGAGAAGACAAGAAUUCAUGUAAAUUUACAUAAUAUAAACCAAACUUACUCUGCAAUCCUGUUCUUCCAUUUUAUUUGCUUCCACAAGAAUUUGUCUUUCUUUAAAAUGUGCCAGAAUACUAAACAAUAUUGCUUAUAAUUUACAUGUAUAUAUAUUUCAGUGUUGACUUUCAGAAUAGAAGAAUAUGUUUAUCUAAUUUUGAAGCAAGUGCUGCACCAAUGACAUUGCCCAAUUCAGAGGCUUGUGAUAUUCAAGUCAGUGCUUUUAUUUUUGUUUUUGGACAUGCAGACUAUAUAUAUAUUUUUUUAAUUGCAAAUUAUGUGUUUUUCAGUUUGAAAUUGUGUGUUCUCUGCAGAGUGACAUACUUGCACUGUAGUAUGCAGAAAAUUCUUUGCACUCUGCAAAACAGGUUUGAUUGACAAACCCACCGAUGCACAAUUUUGUUUAAUUGGAUUUUGCGUUUGAUUUUCACGACUCUCACUGUAUUUUUCGCUGUUCAAAUUUUUUGGCCUGAAAAUUCUUUGAAUUCAGUGUUCUUCCCGAAUUCCAUCAAAUUUGUCCUGUUUAUUUAUAACAGAAAACUGGGGAUAGAUUGAAGAUAAGUCAGAGGAGGAGAACAGUAUUUACAGUUUAUUCAAGAGAAAUAGACAUUUUCUUCACAAAUGGGUUAAGACAAGACUGCAAUUUCAAUCAUAGAGCCCUAUGCCCGAGGAAACUUGGGCUGAGGACUUUGGCGAGCAUAUGUAAUAUACUGAAAUAAUUGUGUGUUUUAGACUGGUUCAGUUUGUAGAGUGUGCGGACACAAGAAGAAUAUAUUAACAGUAAAACAACAGUAAAAGAAAUCUGUAUACAAGUAGCUGCUCUACAAUGGAUUUUUGUCUCGAGUGGUAAUGAUAGGAGUGUUAUUAUAUAACAAAAUUUAGCUUUACGAAAUAAGGGCCAAUAAAUUGUUUCAUGUUUAUAUGGGUGUCUGAGCGUGUAAUGACAGUAGAGUGGUAUAACUAGGUGGGGCUUUAUACAGUGACAUUGAAGUUUUAGCAUUAUAAAUAUAGUACAAUUCAGUGUGGGUGCUGUUUUUUAAUGGUAAUUUCUAAUUGGGUGCUUCAAGUAUACCUAAUAAAAGGUAAUUUCCGCACUGAUGUAGCAACACACCAACAUUGCAUAAUCCAUUGAAGGCGCUUUUUUGUUCUUUGAAAGCCCUCCUCCCUCUCCCCUCUUCCCCAUUGUGGCCCAUUGGAUUAGUCUCCAGACUUUAAAACAGAGGAUUGUGGGUUCAAAUCUCAUCCAAAUCUCAUCAAAUUUAUCCACAAUAUGCUAGGGAGAUUAGGUCAAGUAAGUGUCAAGUCCUAUUCAAGCAAGUAUUUAUGUAGUAUUAUGUUAGAAUUGAAGACUACAGUGAAAAAAACUGAAAAUUCUAUAUUAAGUUUUUUUUGUCGAUUUACAGUAUAUGGUUUACUGAAUGUCUCAGCAUGAUGCAAGAAUCUAGUAUAUACAGGAAUGUGGAAAGUCUUUAUUGCAGUGAAAGCUAACUGUGAACAUUGUACAAUGUCAGAAUCCAUACAUCGCAAGUAUUUUGUUAAUGUACUGUACUUAUCCAUUCCAAUCUAUCCAGUUCUUUCCGAUGACCAACUGAUCAUAUAUAUAUACUUUUUUUUUAACCAUGGAUCAAAGCAUUGAUUCCAUGUUUAGACCAAAGAAAAAGAAGGUGAAAUGUGCAAUAUGUUUUUUUUUUAAUAUUAUAUCCCCCCUUUCUCCCACCUGUUUCCCCAAAGUGAUUCUCUCCCUUGUUUAAUGUUUAAAGACCGUCUUCAGCUUCGACUUGGGGUACCCCAAACAGAGAAUCAUUUGAAAGAUUAAACAGCUGCUACACUUCUUUAAAACUGGCAUGUUGGAUGAAACUAUCACAUUGUUGACCCUUUUAAAGCUAAAGUCAGGCUUUAAUGUUGAAAAGUUAACCUUUCAGUCGUCUCUCACAAUAGGUGGUAGUUGAUAACAGUUCACAUGUCUAUGUCUAUGUAUUUCGUUGAUUGAAUAUAAAUGUGUAAUGUAAGCAACUUAUUUUCCAAAAUAAAUUGUAUGAAGAACAAAUUUUGUUUUUUUUAUAAUUAAAGUCUUUUUAAAUAUUUAUUUGUACAUUGAUUUACCUCAAUGUUUAUUAUGAUGUAUUGAAUAUAUUAUUAUUUUCAUUUAUUUAUCUAUUGAAGAUAAAACAAUGAAAAGAAAAUCAUUCACAUAUUUUGCAAUAAAUUAAACAAUGCAUUAUAAGCUC